GCGUCGAUGGUGUCAGUACGCCGGAAUCAAGCGUCUCUCACUGACGUGCUGAGUAUUCUGUGGCGGUUUUAAAACUGUGGGACGUGGGCUGGUUUCAGAACUGUGUGACACAUUAAUACGAACCUGUCGCUUGUAAAUGAUGUGUAAUGAGAUAAAGAAAUAGCAUCUUCAGAUAUGGAAGUUGAAGACCCAUCAAACGGGACGUGGCAAUUCUGCGCCUACGAAUAAGUGCGCCAGUGAUUCGUAAAACAAUUUCAAGUGACACUGGAGGAAUAACGAUGUGGUGAAACUGGAAACGGAAUGAGAGACAGGUUAGGUUAGUCCUUACUGAAACGAACAUUGACAGAGAGUCCAUGUCGGUACAAGUGGAGGCUGCUCCUUCGCGACUAGACAAAACGGCCCUCAGACGACAGCGGAACAAGAUGUCCAUCAAGAGGAAAAGGACAACCCCGCCCAGCAGCCAACAGCUGAAGAACUUGCAGUCCAAUGGGCUCUACGUACACUCCAGCCCACCCAGAGUGCUCCAGGUGAACCCUAGCAUAAUCCGUCAAUGGCUACGAAGUGGGGACCUGGAGAAGUUGGAGUCCGUGGUACUGGAGGGACAAGGUCACAAGUUAGUAGGGGAGUAUUCCCCGGACCCCAAAGUAAGGGCGUACAUCAAGACAGUGCCCACCCUCAUGGCAAAGAUCGAGAUGCUACACGAGGCUGCGACGAAGGACCAGCUGGGGGACAUGGAGACGAUGCUCCAGGAGGAGAAGAGCAAGAGAAUGGCCCUGUGCAAGGAUUCGGCGGGGGUUCCACUCCUGCACAAGGCGGUGUACUACGAUCACCAGGACAUGGUCAGGUGGCUGGUGGAGAACUACCCCCUCACAGUGAGCACGAAGGACAAGGACGGAAGGACAGCUCUGUUCUACUGUUGCGUGCUAAAAGAUCCCAAAGCGACGUGGGAGCUUCUGGAGACAGCGGGAGCCGAUCCCAGCGCCACAGACUCCCAGGCGCGCAUUGCAGCCUAUUACAUAGAACACCCGAACGAGAUAGACAUGCCCGACACUCGGGACCUCAGCGGCUCUUUCCGGCGCUUUACUUCCGGCAAGAACGGCCUGGUGGUGACGAGGGCGAACAUCAGGAUCUGGAUACAUGAUCGUGACCUGGGACGCCUACAGCAGAUGUUGUGGGAGGGUCACGGCGGUAAACUGAGGGUGGAGACGAGCAACAGCCCGCGGGUGAAGCGGUUUCUGGACGCUGUGCCCUACAUCAUGGGAACAAUCAAGGAUGUGCACGCAGCUGUUGUCAAUGACGACAAAGAAACUUUCCAGAAGAGAACUGCAGAUCCCGUACCAAACCAGAUAUUCAUCAGUAAGGAUCAGAAUGGUCUGAAUCCUCUUCACAAGGCAGCGGGGCUGGGUCGUGAAGAGAUGGUGGAGGGCAUCCUACAGCGCAGUCCCAGCGCUGCACUUGCUACAGACAACGAAGGAAGACUGCCUCUCCAUUAUGCAGCUGCAGUCAAAGAUGGAGGACACAUCUACAAUUUGUUGGUUGAAGCUGGAGCAAAUGAGAAUGCUCUAGAUAAUAGGGGGAAGCCCCCGAGUUACUAUCGGACCAAGCCCGGCGAACUGGACCUCAAAAAUCUGCAGGUGAUCCCAGAUGCUCCAAGAACAGCCACAAUCUUCCCACCUGCCUGGGAUUGGAGGCUACUCAACAACAUGACCUAUGACUUUGGCCCAGUACCAGUCGACAGUGACAUGAAAUACAAUGAAGACAAACCUCCUGAAAGGGUGAAGAAACAAAAGAGCGUAUCAAACAUGGCUGGAGCAGCGGUCGCAGCAGCAACUGAAAUACGUGCUGAAAUACCAGAAGUGGCUACAGAUGUUUCACAACUCAGCAACGGGAUAGUAACGCCAACUGAAGGGCAUAAGGGGGCAGAGCCACUGGGCGAUGAGGAUGAGGGUGUAGGAGAGGAGAGCGACCAUGAUGAGGAUUACAGGGGACAAAUGGAAGAGGAGGAGAAAGAAGCUGCAAAAACAGACCAUGAAGAUCAACAGACUGACAAUGAAGGUGAAGGAGAAGAUUACGGAGAUGGAACAGGGGAAGCAAUCGACAGAUGGGAGCGACAAGAUGAUGAAAUGGAGGCUGCUGGAGAAGAAGAUGCAGGGAUGGGUGAGGAAGAGGAGGAGGAGGAAGCAAGACCAGAAAGUGAGGAAGUAACAGAAGUAACACAUAAAGAUGUUGACGUAGAACCAGCAGAGGAAGAUGAGGAAGUGAAGCAACUUGUGGAGGAGGGCAACAUGGAGCAGCUGGCAAACCUAGUGCUGAAUGGAGAAGGACAUCGCCUUAUAGGACAAACGUCUGAUGAUCCUGAGCUGCAGGGGUUCCUUAACAACGUACCAGCAUACAUGGCAAAGAUUCGCGCAGUGCAUGAAGCAGCUCAAGAAGGUAACCUGAGAGAUUUACAGGCGGCCCUUGACAGACGCAAAUUUGCGAUCGCUCGUGAUGGUUCAAAUUCAAUGGGCACCACACCUCUGCAUGUUGCCACUUUGUUUGGACACACGGCUAUAAUCCGAUACCUAGGCAGUCGAUUUCCAGAGACUCUACAUGCUCGAGAUGGCAAUGAUCGUACGCCUUUGCACUAUGCAGCCACCAUGGCGGAUAAUGGACACUUCUACAACUUACUGCUUAAUCUUGGAGCUGAUCCAGCUCUCAAAGACAAUCAAGAUAAUACAGCGGAGUACUACUUGAAAAACACUGGUAUUCUUACUCAUCAAGACCUUCUGGAGCAGUAUGGGGCAUCAGGAGAGGAUGCUAAUAAUAUGCUUGAAGACAAAGUUCCAAAUGACACCGUCUCUGCAAGACGUGACAUUGAUGAUCCAGAAAUACUUGAAGCACUGGAACGCUGCUAUGAACUUGUACGUGAAGAAACCUCAACCAAUGGGCAGUUGAUGUCUGGAACGUUAUUACAGCGUUAUCUGAAACGACCUGUGUUUGAGAAGCUAAAGAUGCGUCUGACACGAAUGGACCACAACCUAUUGGAUGUCAUCUGGCCAGGAGCGAAAGAGGUCCCUGAAGAUAAUGAUGAUGACUUAGAUGAGGAACUAGAAGAAGUAAUUCAAAGAAAUGGAGGAGUUCUUAUUCCAGAUUAUGAGUCUUACACUGUGUUUGCUGAACUUCUCAUGCCACUAAUUAAAGAUCUACAUGGUCUUCUUGUAAGUUAUGAUCUUAACCCACAACCAAAGUCAAUGUUCUUCUUGGCAGAAGAAGGUGAGGACGAAGAUGAAGAUGAAAUCAGAAAGAAAAAGGGAAGUAUCGGUGAAAUCAUCACUGACCCUUCCGGUAAACAAGUCAAAUCUGGAAGAAUCGAGUGCUGCAGAAAUGUGGCUGAAUACCAGAUACCUUCAGGCUUGAGUUUUGCACAACUUGAGGCUUUAGAGAGAGAUUUGGUGAGUGCUCUUAAGGACUGUGAUCAAGGACAGACUGGCGAUAAUGAUGAUGAUGACGAAGAGAAGUCAUACUACUCCAUAGCUGAAGUAUUGGAGGACAAUUCUGAAGUUAAAGACAAACUUGAAGCAUCAAAUUUAUUGGUGCUGCUCACUGACGAGCAUGAAAAUGAAGAAAAUCUGUUACAUGGUCAGCACUGGCCUCAUGGGAGAGGAGUGUUCAUUACUAAGGAUGGAAACAUGGCUAUCUGGAUCAACGUACAAGAACAUCUGCGAAUUGUGUCAUCCACUCCAAAAGAUAACCCAAGCAGCUUGGGUGAGGCAUAUGAUCGCCUUGCACACUUGAUUAUGGAUCUGGAGACAAUGUUUGAAUUCAAGACAGAUCUUCUACUUGGAAACUUGACUGCUUGUCCAUCUGUCUUGGGGAAUACUCUACACAUCUAUUUGACUGCACACCUGCCAAAGUUGGGACAGGAAAAAGACAAACUAAAGCAUUUGUGCUCUGUCCGAGGACUGAACAUAAAGAAGAAGUCUAAAGAAGAGGACAUGUUUAACAUAUGGAACCAGCAAAGUCUGAGCAUAACAGAACAUCAGACACUGAAGGACUUCUCAAUAGCAGCUUCCAAUAUUGUGCAACUGGAAAGUAAUCACUCCAAGAAAUCAAAGAAAUAAACUGCCAUUUCACCUUUAACGUAAACUGCAAGCAGCUUGUAUCCUGGAAAUAUGUUAUUAAUAAAGUAGCAAACGUUUGAUUAUAUUGGAAAGUGAAUAAGCUCUUGCCAAAAUCAUCAGAGCUACACUUCCAGUAAGUGGGAUAUUAUGUACUUCUGGCAGCUACAAGUUGUGUGAGGCUGAGGUGUCAUGCUACACAUUUCUUCUCUUCAAGUAUUUGUAAAGAACUUCACAGUUCCAUGUAUUACAUCUAAAAAAAUCAAUAACUUAGAAUAUCAGUCAUAUCAUCCACAAGGUAGUCAAAUCCUGUUACCACUGGACUUUUGGCUGUGGCUUUAUCAGAGUGGGCAUGUACCAAAAUGGAUACCAGACAAUUUGUAACUUGAUCAACUGAAUGGUACCAAAUCCUGAUGCAACAGUCUCUCUUGCGUAAACACAUGUGCAGAGUACUGAAGAGGAAGGCCACUUGUGACAUCAUUAUAGCAGUUGGGGGGAGAAAGAAAACUGCAUUAAUUCUGUCAUUUCCAGAUUAAAUACGGUUAUGACUGUAAUAAUGCUAGGACCUGUGUACAUACCUAUAUACAAGAUAAGGCGAACAGUGCAUCAAAAUCCAUGUAUGUUAGUGUAAUGUGUUUCAGUGUUCUCUGUGCUGUCAAAUGUAAAGGGUCACACAUUAAAGUCACUCGCGAUUAGUUCAUCCUGUAGUAAACAGCCAGUCGGGACCAAAUAAAUUCCCACAUGAAUACAUUGUUUUUUUUAUGAGCUUUUCCAUUUUUAGAUCUAACAGGGAUAGAACUGUAUUUGAAUUGAAAAAAUCCAUAACUUUGUAUGUGUGUACUGCAACAAUAAUUAAAACUUCUGUUGACCAAAAAACUCUUUGUAUGUGAAUUAUAGUAAAAUAGCUUUAAAGUA